CAAAUUGUACUUCUGCUGGAUCCUUCCAUAGACAGCUCGUUGGUCAAAUGUGAUUGGCCCAUAUGAACACUACACCUAAGGAAGAAGGAAGUCAAUAGCCAAUGGGCAUUGAAACAACGGCACGAGCAAUCUAAACCCUUUCUAAUAGAAACACGUAACUCCAGAAAUGUAUAAGUACAUGAGGCGUAUUUGCGAAGCACUGUAAAGCUAUUUCCAUAUGGAAUAUAAACUCGGAAUACAAGUAUUUCUCCUAUUGUUUUGGAGAUCGGCUUUAGAUGCACUCUUGUCGGGGAAUGACGGAGGCUGGUCGUCAAAUUCAGAAUACAGUUUGACUGAUGAAGGUCCUUGCAACAUUGAUAUCUGGGACAAAGCUUCGUUAUCACAUCGGCAGUUUAUCCAACAAUAUGCCUACUCCAAACCGGUCAUCCUUAAAGGUUUCUCGGACAAUACGAAAUUCCAGUUCUUGUGCUCCAAGUCCAGCCUGCUCCAGGAGUAUGGAGAGAGGAUGGUGAGGCUCAGCACUGCCAACACCUACUCUUACAGGAAAGUGGAUGUCCGGUUUGAGGAGUUUGUGGACUUGCUGCUGAGGCCUCAGUCUUUGGACACACUGGGCAGUGACACUCUGUAUUUCUUCGGGGACAACAACUUCACUGAGUGGCGCGCUCUGUUUGAGAACUACAAGGCACCACGCUACAUGCUGCCUCACACCACAGGGGCCUACAGCUUCGGUAUCGCAGGCCCAGGAACAGGUGUACCCUUCCAUUGGCAUGGACCUGGCUACUCCGAGGUCAUCUAUGGCAGGAAGCGCUGGUUCCUGUACCCCCCGGAGAAGGCGCCCCAUUUCCACCCCAACUACACCACCCUGUCCUGGGUCAAAGAAACAUACCCUUACCUGCCUGAGGAGGAGAAGCCCAUAGAGUGCACCAUCCGUCCAGGAGAGGUGCUGUAUUUCCCUGACCGCUGGUGGCAUGCCACGCUCAAUUUGGACACCAGUGUCUUCAUCUCCACCUUCCUGGGCUGACCCCUGAUCCUACUAGAAGGUCAUUAGGGUCAUUGCCCGUGGACAAAAGCCGUGUUAGAAUACUUUCAACAUGCAUCAUUCCUUUUUCCCUCUGAGGUAAUAGAUGUUUUGCACAUCCAGUCAUUACAUUUACAUUUUAGUCAUUUAGCAGACGCUCUAAUCCAGAGCGACUUACAGUUAGUGAGUGCAUACA